UUCACUAGACCAGGGAUCAUGUCUCGCGUUUUGAAUUUAAAUGUCGGGAUCCUCGGUCAUGUGGAUUCAGGGAAGACGAGCGUUGCAAAGUCUUUGAGUACGAUUGCAAGCACCAGUGCUUUUGACAAAAACCCACAGAGCAAAAAGCGUGGUAUCACGCUGGAUUUAGGGUUUUCCUCAUUUUUCACGUUGGUUGAUUGUCCCGGGCACAGCUCUUUGAUACGCACGGUUCUUUGUGGUUCUCAGAUAAUUGAUCUUAUGUUACUCGUGGUGGACGUGACAAAAGGAUUUCAAACACAAACCGCAGAAUGCUUGGUCAUUGGUGAAAUAACUUGCGAACAAAUGAUUGUAGUCCUCAACAAGUGUGACUUAUUACCGGAGGAAACACGUGAACAGCAGAUUGAGAAGAUGAAAAAACGCGUUUCUAAAACCCUCGCGACUACCCGAUUUGCGGGUGCACCAAUUACUGCCAUAUCAGCUGCUCCGGGUGGCGCUCAGGUGAGGCUUGCAAGUAUUGAUCGCAUAUUUCUGCCACUUUACCAUUUUGGCGCAGUUUAUACGAGCUUGUGU